AACAGAUUACUUCACCUCUUGCAAUCUUAAAGCAAGAGAAGAGUUAAUCAAUUUCAAACGGACAGUGACCGUUUUGUACAUCCCAAAUCUUUCAAAUUAGGUUAAGAAUGAGCAUGCAAACUUUAGAAAGAUUUAGCCUCGAGAGUAUCGCGAAAGAUAUGAGCCUGUGGUGCAACGCAUCGAUCGCAGAUCUUAAUCGGUUCAAGUAUGUUCUUGGUCCGUUUGAUGGCUUGAACUCUGGCCUUAUUCAAGAACUUUUGAAUAUUUUGAGUCAAAAGAAGCAAAUUAAAGUGUGUCACCUUCAUGUUCUUCUCCACUCUAAUGUUAAGCAUGUGGAUUUGAGUGUCUGUUCCUCACUCAUCAAUGAUCAGAUCAUUUCUGCUGUGGGAUUUCGUUGUAAGAAAAUUACACAGCUCUGUCUGAAGAACUGUUCACGCCUCUCAGCAAAAGCAUUGAAAGAGAUUCCUUCAGACUUACCACGUCUUCAGUCCAUUGAUCUCAGUGGAUGUUUGGCUUGUACAGAUGAAGUGUUAAACUUACUUGGAACAUCAUGUCCUGAGCUGACAGUAUUGCGGGUGGAGUCAUGCACCCUUCUCACAGAUGCUGGUAUAGAUGGUUUGUGUGGAGAUGAUAAAAAUCCAAAGUGCCAGAGGUUAAAAGAAGUCAACUUGUCAUCAACUGGCGUAACCAGCUAUGGAAUACAAAAACUAUUGAACUCUCAACAAGAAAUACAAAAGGUGUCUUUUGCAAUGACAAACUCAGUUGAUGAAUUUGACAUAAGUGCUCCAAGCCUAAAACUUAUUUCUUUGGAUUUGUCGUGCACAUUUAUCACAGAUACAUGCAUGAAAGUUCUCUGCAAGAGGUGCCCCUUAUUAUGUGAGCUAUCACUUAACUGCUGUACUUCACUCACAGCAAUGUCUUUAGAGUUCAUUGCUUCACUAACCCAUCUGAAGGUUCUGCACAUUGGUGAUAACAAGGCAAUGAAAUUUCAUCCCCAUAUUGCACAAUUCUUGGUCAAAGCUGGAAAUUCGUUGAUUGUGCUGGAUAUUUCUGGAAUGGAUAGAGUGGAUACUGAGAUCAUUGGGGUCUGCUGCAGGUCCUUACAAACUUUAAAUAUGGCAGACUGCACUGAAGUAACUGGCAGUUACAUACGUGUUUCAACUUCAGAGGAAAGCAAAUGGAUAACCUUGACACAAGCUUGCCCAAAGUUGUCUAUUCUUAACCUCCAUGGCUGUCAUUUUUCGCAUCACAAAUCACUCGCAGAACAUCUCUUAGCCAUUUUCUCCAAGUCAACAGAAUUACAAGAGCUAGAUUUAUCUGGAAUUGAAAAACUGAGUGACGGAAUCAUUUUACAGUUUAUACAGUCAUCAGGUUUAUCACUUUUGAGGUCUGUUAAUCUUUCAAUGUGCAGUAAAAUAUCAGUAGAGUCAGCAGAAUUGCUUGUUAAAACAUGCAAAGGCCUCUCUCAGUUGAAUCUUUCACAUUGUAAGAAUAUUUCUUUGCGUGAUGCUGAGAAUUUAAAGAAGGUAGUUAGAGACGCUAAAAGUACAGCAAAGAUUGCCUGGAUAUAACGUUCAUAUAUAAGUUUUAUCAUCGUAACAUUGUGCUACAAAUUUUUUUUUCGAAAUUUUUUUUUAAAUUCUUACUCAGAAGUCUUUUGACACUUUGGAAAAAAUUAAAAGAAUCUGCCGAUUUUAUUUUGUAGUCAAAAACUGUUAGAGUUUAUCGCAAAAAGGAAAGAAAAAGGAAACGAUAAAGUCGAUUUCAGGCACAAUUUUAUCCUCCACACCUGGCCAAGAGGGUUUACUUUGCAUAUUAAUGUUAAAAUCACAAAGAUGAGACGAAAAUCGCGCGCUAGAUGGUUUGGCGAGUCAAUUGCGCAUGGAAAAUAUUAUGAACUGAGCAAGACACCGUUAAGUUGUUGUUUCGCUUCGUUCGUCUUACAAGAAGAAGAAAUUGUAAUUUUUGAAAUGAAAGAUGAUAUUGAAGCUAAACUUUGAUGUAUGGUGCCAUCUGAACCUGACAACUGCUAAGGGGCCCGUGCAAUAUCAUCUGCAAUUUGCAUUCGAUAUUUCACCAGAAGAUCCCAUUUCAGACACCGUGUCGAUGAAUACAGUUUCUGUACAACUUAAGAGAUCCACAUACUUUUAUUAGUGGCUUACAUAAUCAAACCUUAUAAAAUUUAGUUAUGCCGAAAUUUAGACGAAAAUAAGGUGAUUUACAAUGAUCGGAGAAAACUUUGCAAGCCAAGACCGCAAAACGUGCGAAAUAACGCUGUCAAUUUCCAGAAUGUGCUGAUGCCUUCAAUGUGGGUAAUAACGUUAUUACUAUUCACAACUAAAACGGGUAGCUGUCUACAGAGACAUUUGCCGAAAUGACUUCAGGCGAAUUGUUACUUCGGCGUAUUUUUGCCCAAUUGUUAGGAACCGUAAUAACCAAAGACGUUUACUAAACAU